AUGCCUGCACCCAUUCCACGUUCACCCAGUGACCAAACCUUUGUCAAUAUGGCGGGAAGUAGUCGCCCCACAUCUCCCAAUCCCAAAGGCGGUGAUCCAUUCUCCCAUCACUAUAAUGAAGCGUUGCGCCUAAGUCCAAUGCAUCUUGAUCCUGGUUACUUUGAUCGCUCACCACGAGGAAGCUUUGAUCCCAUGUUGCCAUCACCUAUCAUUACUUCAGAGCUCCAAAAAGGCCAAACCAAAUUCCAUAUGGGCAAUCCUGCACCAUUAGCUCUAUGGUCAUUCGCCACUGUUACCGCUCUCCUUGCCACAUUCAAUUUGUUCUUGCCUGACCAACCAAAUUCCAUUAUCCUCCCAACGGCCCUUAUGUUUGGUGGCCUUGCACAAUACAUUGCAGGAUUCCUGGACCUCUUUUAUGGUGGAAGUUACACCGCUAUCAUCUUUGUAUCCUACGGUGCAUUUUGGGCCGGCAACGGCUUAUUGAUGCUCCCCAGCGUUGCAAGCAGCCUUCAAGCCUACACGUCUGAAUAUGACGUUAACCGCGCCAACGGCAUUUACCACUUUAUCUGGGCAAUUUACACACUUUUGCAUGUUGGCAUGUCCUUCAAGAUUAAGAAUGGCACCUUUAUGAAUACAUGGAACUUGACCAUGGUCUUUAUUACCAUCCUUUUUGAGGGUGUCCAUUACAUGACCAACAUUACUGGCCUUUUACGCUUUUCAGGAGUAUCAGCCUAUCUUGCAGCUCUUGGUGCAUACUACGUUGGAUUAGCCGACCUCAUGCGAGAACAAGGUGUUCGUAUGUGGGUUGGAAAGUACAAGUGGAGUGCUAGUAAUAAGUAA